AUAAAGUAUCUUUCAAUUAAUUCUGAGACCAAUUCUUACUUGGCUAGCAAGUCCCUUAAGUAUUUCUCUUCUAGCAAGAGCAGUCUUUCACUUUUCAUCGAUACAAAACAAAGUUGAGUUCAAUGCGUCUUUUAUAUUGCCAAUAACUAUAGUCAAAAUUCAAUAAAACUAUAAUUUGGCACUGUUAUUAUUUUGCUGAUCAGCUUUUUAUAUUCUAAAACAUAUAGAAACUAAUUAUCUUAUGUAUCAACAGGUUUUAGGAAGCUUGAUGCGUUCACAGGAAUGGUCGUCAAUUCUAGAAAGUAAAAUAUGGGAAUUACCAAAUGGAGAGGACCAAAUCAUGUCGAUCUUGAAGUUGAGUUUUGAUAAUUUAAGAGAGCCAUCAUUGAAGCAAUGUUUUGCAUAUUGCUCAAUGUUUGAAAAAGAUUGUGAAAUUGAAAAAGAUGACUUGGUCCAGCUCUGGAUGGCUCAAGGAUAUCUCCAUUCUUCUCCCAUGGAGGAUAAAGGUAAUGAACAUUUUAAUAUUCUAUUGCAAAACUCUUUAUUUCAAGAUGCUAGAAACUAUGAGUAUGCACAUAGAAGAGAAAGAGAAGAUGAGUAUGGGAAUACCAAAUGCAAGAUGCAUGAUCUUGUGCAUGAUCUUGCUGAGGAAGUAUUCAAAUUUGAAAGCUUAACGCGAGACUUGGAUUGGAUGGACGAUAGAGCACUUGAGAUUCAGCAUGUUGCCCGGAUUUCUUCCACCACACUUGAAAGAUUUCUACAAGGGAGUGUUACGAGAUUGCGGUCGUUGUUUCCUCCACGACGCUUUGAGUUCAGUAACAUGUUUGAAAGGUUUAGAGAUUUACGGACGUUAAAUUUAUACAAGGCUGAAAUAGAGGAGUUGCCCAUCUCAAUUGGAGAGUUGAAACGCUUGAGGUAUCUCAAUAUUUCAAGGACAUAAAUAAAAGAACUCCCCAAAUCUAUUGGCAAGCUCUAUAAUCUUCAGACGUUAAGAAUGUCAAAAACAUACAAUCUUAAAACGUUUCCUAGGGAAAUGGAAAAUUUGAUCAACUUGAGGCAUGUUUAUUUCAAUAAGGAUAAGGAAUUUCCAUUUCGGAUAACACAAUUGACUCACCUGCAAGCACUACGUUCCUUUACUUUGGAUAGAGCAAGGCGUCAUACAAUUGAUGAGCUGGGCGGGCUAAAUGAAGUGAAAGGGGAACUAGUUAUUGGAUCAUUGGAAUAUGUGAGAGACAAGAAAGAAGCAAUGAAAUCAAAUUUAGUGGGAAAAACACACAUACGAAAAUUGGAAUUAAAAUGGAAGAGGAGCCAUUAUACGGAAAGAAAUGGCAAUUUUCUUGACCAGGAUAUUCUUGAAGGCCUUCAGUCGCCCCCCAAUUUAGAAAGCUUGAGGAUUGUGAAAUUUAUGGGUGCUAAAUUUGCAUCAUGUAUGAUGAGUGAUUCGUUAACAGAGAUUCAACUAUCCAAUUGCAAAAAAUGUGAGGAGGUCCCACCGCUCGGACACUUGCGGAAACUUCAAAGUAUUGAUAUUGUGGAUUGCCCCAAUCUAAAAUCCAUUCCAAUUUCAUCAUCCCAAUCUCUUGAACGGUUGUACAUAGCUCUUUGCCCAAAGUUAAGAUGCACUUCAAUUCACAGUCUGUCUUCACUCCGUCAUUUGCAAAUCGAGAACUCGGUAGAUUUCUCACCGGAGGCGGACGGGGAGGACGACUUGUCUUUAAACGGUUGCACAUCCCUCUGUUAUUUGUUUAUUAAAGAAUGCAAUGGAUUCAAAAGUAUACUGAAUGGGCUCCAAUCUUGUACUAGUCUUCGCACACUAAUUAUCUGGAAUUGUCGUAAUUUGAGGACUUUGUCGGGUCAUGGGCUACAAACCCCCGUCUCUCUCGAAGGUCUAAGUAUCUUUAAUUGCCCUCGUCUAGAGGCUAUUCCCAGUUUAGACAACCUUACAUUCCUCACUGAGUUGAAGAUUAGGAAAUGCGGUCGAUUAACAAGUAUACCGAGUGGGCUUGCAUCCUGCACGUCUCUUACCAGUUUGUCUGUCGAUGAUUGCCGCAAUUUGAUAUCUCUGGCGGAUCACAAUUUGUCCAGCUUGCAAUCUCUUUCCUCUCUAUCUGUGUCUAAUUGUGGGAAAUUACAAUAUUUGCCCAAGGGGCUGCACUCUCUAUCUCGUUUGAAAAGGUUGUGGAUCGGUAAGUUCUGCAAGGAGCUCGAUUCUUUCCCGGAUCUUCAGGUCCCAUCGGAAAAAUUAAUAUUAUACGGGUGGCCUAAGCUCAAGUCUCUGCCUCAGCCAAUUCAACACUCUACUUCUCUAACAUCUUUGUCUAUUAAAUAUUUCCAUGGUGUGGAGGCUCUUCCAGAGUGGUUGGGCAACCUUACAUCUCUUACAGAGUUGGAAAUUUGGAAAUGUAAGAAUCUGAUGCAUCUGCCUACGGUCGAAGCUAUGCAACGCCUAACCAAAUUACGUAAGCUACAGAUCCGAUGGUGUCCCCGUCUCAAAGAAAGAUGCGCCAAGGACGGCCCUGAAUGGCCAAAGAUUUAUCACAUUCCAGUUAUCAGAGUAAACGGGAUAUUAGUUGAGUGAAGAAUCGGAAUCCUUCGUGUGUGGACGGAACCCUUGAUGAGUCAAAAGGCUCUUGUCAGAGUGAUGACGGAACCCUUCGUGUGUGGACGAUCUAUCUAUUCACAGCUGUGGGAAUCUGAAGCAUCUACAGCAGUGGGGAAGCCGGUACAAUUUUUUCUGUUGCGUUCUAAAUUAAAAGAAAAUGCAACCUACCUCACUGGCCCAACAUUUCUCACAUUUCCGACAAUCAAAUAUACACUUUUUUACGGGGUUGUGUUUCAUCUCACUAUGUGCAGCUUACUUAAGAAGGGAAUCCAGUAAGAGAAUUGCAUUAAGAGAGGAGGCGAUCCCAGCGCAACGAAAACUUGGAUGCGAAAAUAGCAAAUUUCAGUAUGUCCAUGGUUUUUUCCAGUGAUAAUGGGACUCGUGUGGUGACAUCAGUCAUGGGCACAGCAGGUUAUCUUGAUCCAGACAUGGGUUUUGUGCCGUGUCAAGUCAACUAACACAACGUUUGGAAAUGGAGGUGCCUAGGCAUCCAAAAAGAACUCCAGGCUCAAAUGAAUAAACUCGUGUUACGAUUUCACCAUACCAUAGUUCACCUAGAGUGAUUUCCAGACGUUCAGAUUCCACAAAUGCAGGUUCCAUGACUGCACCAUGCUAGGGAGCUACAAACUCUCAUUCAUCCCAUGUUCAAAACUUGGUGGGUUAAAAAUGGGUUUGGGAUCUUUUAUGCAGUGAAUCAGUGUAGGCUACAUACUAGUAUGUAUCUAUAUUGUCCUCAACUCAAUCACUUUUGUCCAAUACUUCGGGUUGUAUCACAGCACAUAACCCUAACAGUAACAUUGUUUGAAAUGCUUUGACUAGAAAAUAUGUUAGACUUGACCAAAUUGCUCUAGUAUGAACAUUGCAUUAUCCAUUGAUUGACGUACACUAAGCAUCCCCAUGUGAUAAGGAUCAUUGUGCAGCAUGAGGUUACAAAUCCACACUCAUAUACGUUUUUUCUGUUUUUUUGGUUGGGACAUUGUCACGCGUUUUAAAUACCUGGUAGUUCAUAGGCUGCAAUGAGACAGAGAGAUGAAGAUCUCAACUGGUUUCCUCGUCCUACUGCUCUGUGCAAGUUUUGUUCAUGGAGAGUGCCCGAUAGGUUAGCAUUUCCUUUAACAAAAGCGAAUGGCAUUGCGUCCUUCAGAUUUAUAUUUUCUAUCUGCUGAUAAGUUAUUUUUAGAUCAGAUUCAAGCAAGCUUAAGAAGAAUAUUGUUGUUCCAAUACUUGGAUCAUUACUAUCAACAAUGGCACUUGAUGAUUCAGAAGGGUCUUACCAGAGUGAUGACGGAACCUUUCAUGUGUCGAUGAUCUAUCUACUCACCGUUGUGGGAACCUGGAGUAUCUAUUGACAGUAGGGAAGCCAGUUCAAAUUUUACUGUUGUGUUCUAAAUUAAAAGAAGCACCCUGCUUGACUGGCCCAAGAUUUCUCGCAUUUCCAACUGUCAAGUGUAGAUUUCUUUCCCGAAACAGUAAUUCGUGAUUGGUUCUGUUCUCUUGUCUUAGUUGCAUUUAGUUUGCAAAAUCAUACAUUUUCUAGCCUCGUGGAAGAACAUUAAUUUCUUUGCUUUCACAAUCUUUUUGGAACAGCACUUAAGACUUUUGUGGAAAUUAAGCUUUUUAGUCCUUAAAUAUGAGUAAAUAGAAGUACAUUUGCAACUGUUUACGAAUCCGUGGUCAUUCUGUAUAUGUUUUAACAUCCAAUGUGCAUUCAAAUAUGUUCUAAGACAUGUUCCACAUGGUGUUAUGGUGCAGAUACACUUUUCUGAGACCAAUUUUGUGUAAGCUACACUUAAGAAGGGAAUCAAAUAUGAGAAUUGCAUUAAGAGAGGAGAGCAAGCACAGUACAACAAAAACUUGGACGCGAAAAUAGCAGGUACUAUAAUUAUCAAAGGUUGAAUUUUAGAGUUUUACGGGCCAACCUGCAAGGCUGCAAUCAUAGAAAGUGAUGAUCUUGUCUGCAUCGUGGAGUGGGUGAAUUCUGAGUUCCAGAAUGGUGAUUUAACAACUAAUUUGGAUCGAAGGAUUCAAAGAAAGUUCGAUGUGAAUUCGGUCAGGAAAUCAUUAAAGACAGCAAUGGCAUGCACAACUUCCACCUCCCAACAUAGAGCCACCAUGGUUGGUUUUGUGCUGUGCCAACUAAUAAAAUGUAUGUAAUGGAGGUGUCUAAGCAUCGAGAAAGAACUCCAGGCUCAAAUGAAGAAACUCUUGUUAUGAUCUCACAAUACCAGAGUUCACCUAGAGUGAUUUCCAGAUGUUCAGAUUCCACAAAUGCACGUUCCAUGACAGCAGCAUGCUAGGUAGCUACAAACUCUCUCGUUCAUCCCAUGUUCAAAACUUGGUGGGUUAAAAAUGGGGUUGGGAUCUGUUGUGCAGUGAAUCAGUCUAGGCUAAAUACAAGACAUUGUCACACAUUUUAAAUACCAGGUAGUUCAUAGGCUGCAAUGAGACAGAUGAAGAUCUCAACUGGUUUCCUCGUCCUACUGCUCUGUGCAAGUUUCGUUCAUGGAGAGUGCUGAAUAGAUUCAAGCAAGUGCAAGAAGAACAUUGUUGUUCCAAUACUUGGAUCAUUACUUUCAACAAUGGCCCUCCUUCAAGUUAUAGUGCUCUUACUGGUCUGGAAGCUGAGAAGAAUAAGAAAACCAGCUGCAGAUGGAGAAACAUAACAAAACACAUGUAGCACACCAGUAGCAUCAAUGAAGUCCCAGUUUACUUGUGACGAGGUUUUAAAAAUCACCAAAAACUUUCAAACUGAAAUUGGGAAAGGAG